CAGGGAACGGCAGACCACGGGGGUUUGAUGUGCUUAAAAAUCACCAGGCUGUUUUAUACAAAUGUUAGGAUAACUUCUCACAGGAAGGAGUAUAAGCCGUGACCAUGACUACUGAAGUUGGCWCUGCAUCUGAAGUGAAGAAGGACUCUGACCAGUUGGGAGCAGAUGUGACCAAGGAGAAAGCUAAACAAGUAGCAGAAAAUCAGCAGCAUCAGUCAUCUGAACGAGAGGAGGAAAAAGGUUCCCAGCCACCACCACCUGCUGAAAGCCAAAGCAGUCCACGCCGCCAGAAGAGAGAGAAGGAUACAUCUGAGAGCAGGGGUAUUUCCCGAUUUAUACCCCCAUGGCUCAAGAAACAGAAGUCUUAUAAUUUGGUAGUGGCCAAAGAUGGAGGAGAUAAAAAAGAGCCAACUGAAGCUGUUGUGGAAGAACAGAUUUUAGAUAAAGAGGUUUCCCUUCCAGAAGAAGAGAGACAGGCCAAAGGGGAUGCUGAAGAAACUGCUCAGAGCAAACACCAGGAUGUUAAGGUGGAAGUCAAGGAAGGAAAACCUUCAGUGAGCAAAGCUGAGACCCAGCCUGCUGAAGAAAUCAGGGAGGAGAGAGAAGAGGUGAAGGAAAUACAGGAAGAUGAAGUGGCAGCACCAAGGGAGACCAAGGAAGUGCAAACUAAUGAACUGAAAGCAGAGAAGACUUCUCAGAAAGCCACCAAGAAGACCAAAACUGUCCAGUGUAAAGUGACCCUCCUAGAUGGCACUGAAUACAGCUGUGACCUGGAGAAACGUGCUAAGGGACAGGUGUUAAUUGACAAGGUAUGCGAACACCUCAAUCUUUUGGAGAAGGAUUACUUUGGACUUUUGUUUCAGGAAAACACAGAUCAGAAAAACUGGCUAGAUCCUGCAAAAGAAAUAAAGAGACAACUUCGAAAUCUUCCUUGGCUGUUUACUUUUAAUGUGAAAUUUUAUCCUCCUGAUCCUUCUCAGUUGACUGAAGAUAUUACCAGAUACUUUUUGUGCCUUCAGCUUCGAAAAGACAUUGCCUCUGGCCGCCUGCCCUGCUCUUUUGUGACUCAUGCCCUCCUGGGCUCCUACACAUUGCAGGCUGAGCUUGGAGACUAUGACCCAGAAGAACACAGCAGUAUUGACCUCAGUGACUUCCAGUUUGCCCCUACACAGACUAAGGAACUGGAAGAGAAGGUGGCAGAGCUGCAUAAAACUCACAGGGGCUUAUCUCCAGCACAAGCUGAUUCUCAGUUCUUAGAAAAUGCAAAGAGGCUUUCCAUGUACGGCGUUGAUCUACAUCAUGCCAAGGACUCAGAAGGCGUGGACAUCAAGCUAGGUGUGUGCGCUAAUGGGCUCCUCAUUUAUAAAGAUAGACUGAGAAUCAAUCGUUUUGCUUGGCCGAAGAUCCUAAAAAUUUCUUAUAAGCGCAGUAACUUCUACAUUAAAGUUAGGCCAGCAGAGCUGGAGCAGUUUGAGAGCACCAUUGGGUUCAAACUGCCAAACCAUCGGGCAGCAAAGAGGCUAUGGAAAGUGUGUGUGGAGCAUCAUACUUUCUACAGGCUUGUGUCUCCAGAGCAGCCACCAAAGGCCAAGUUCCUGACCUUGGGGUCCAAAUUCCGCUACAGUGGCCGUACACAAGCACAGACCCGCCAGGCAAGCAUCCUCAUAGACAGACCAGCGCCACACUUUGAUCGCACCUCUAGUAAACGGGUCUCUAGGAGUCUAGAUGGAGCUCCAAUUGGUGUUGUGGACCAAAGUCUUAUAAAGGAUUUUCCUGGACCUGGUGGGGGGAUUUCAGCAUAUGGCCCAGGAGUUGUCAGCACUGCCAUGGUACAAGAUAGGGACAGCCGGAGGGAUGUCAGAAGCCCAUCUAAAGCUCCACAUUUGCAACUCAUUGAAGGAAAGAAAAAUUCCUUGAGAGUAGAAGGGGAUAAUAUUUAUGUCAGACAUAGCAAUUUAAUGUUGGAGGACCUGGAUAAGGCCCAGGAGGACAUACUGAAACAUCAGGCUAGCAUUAGUGAACUCAAGCGCAAUUUUAUGGAAUCCACACCUGAGCCGCGCCCUAAUGAAUGGGAAAAACGACGUAUCACACCUCUGUCCCUACAGACACAAGGGAGAAAAGGAGACCAUCUUUUCAAGGAUAUUUUGUCCAUGAAGGAGAAGUACCUGACGGCAGCAACACGGACAGUUGAAGAUAAAGCCCAGGAGGCGGACAAGACACGUGCUCCUGCGUCAGAAGGUCCUUGCACUGGAGCCAGGGAUGCUGUUAAGAGUUCACAUGAGACUCUGAAUGUAGUGGAGGAGAAGAAGCAGGCAGAGGUUGGGAAAGACGAAAGAGUAAUCACAGAAGAAAUGAAUGGUAAAGAGAUAUCACCUGGGAGUGGUCCUGGGGAGAUUCGUAAGGUGGAGCCUGUGACACAAAAAGACUCCACCUCCCUGUCUUCUGAGAGCAGCAGCAGCAGUGAGAGUGAGGAGGAAGAUGUGGGAGAGUACCGGCCCCUCCACCAUGUGACCGAGGGCACCCUAAGGGAAGAGCAGGAGGAGUAUGAAGAAGAGACGGAGGAAGAGCCCAGCGGAGCAGCCAAGGUAGUAGAGAGGGAGGAAGCAGUGCCUGAAGCCAGCCCUGGCAGACAAGCAGGUGCCAGUGUAAUCACAGUAGAAACAGUGGCCCAGGAAAAUGUAGUUGCCCAAAAGAUAUCUGCAGAGAAGAGUAUAAACGAAGGCACGGUUAAGCAAGACAUGGGAGAAGAAACAGAGGAAGAGCAACAUAAAGUUAACGGAGAGGUGUCUCAUGUUGACAUUGAUGUUUUGCCACAAAUUAUUUGUUGUUCAGAGCCACCAGUGGUAAAAACAGAGAUGGUAACAAUUUCUGAUGCCUCACAAAGGACAGAAAUCUCCACCAAGGAAGUCCCUAUUGUCCAAACUGAGACCAAAACCAUCACAUAUGAGUCUCCACAGAUUGAUGGCGGGGCUGGUGGUGAUUCGGGCACGUUAUUGACUGCACAAACCAUCACAUCUGAGUCCGUGUCGACAACGACAACCACACACAUCACCAAGACUGUAAAAGGUGGAAUAUCUGAAACAAGAAUUGAGAAACGCAUUGUGAUCACAGGAGAUGCAGAUAUUGAUCAUGACCAGGCAUUGGCUCAGGCAAUCAGGGAAGCCAAAGAGCAGCACCCUGACAUGUCAGUCACAAGAGUGGUAGUGCACAAAGAAACAGAACUGGCAGAGGAAGGGGAAGAAUAAGAAAGUCAUCUUCUAAACAACAUACAACUUUAUGAACCUAAAGAAUUUGACCAUUCCAAGUCUUAAUGCCACACCACUACUCCAGCAAAUUUGUGCUAUGGCUGGUAACAGUGACCAGAAGCCUGAAGAAUUAAAAUGCCAACACCAAACCUUACCUUAACAGCUCUGGUCUGUACCAUUCUCRCGCAUUUUUAAUAUAUUUUGUUUUAUAACCACUUCUAAAUAUUCUUGGGUUUUUUUUUCCCUUUCUUUUUUCUAUUUUUUUUAAAUUAAGUAGUUUCGUUUUAUUUCCUGUUUACUUUGUGUGCAACUACCUGCUUUUCAUGACUCAUUUGCUUAAAUGACAGUGAACAAAGCCAGCCUGGGCUGGUACGGUGCUGUUCACUUGAACAGGUGCUGUUGUGCGGAAAGGAAACUCUGUGACUAAUUUAGAUAGUGGGUUUUCUUCUUCCAGAUUCUUUCCAUUGAAUUCUUACAGUCAAUAUUUACAAUUUUCAGAUUGCAGUAAAUAUACUGUAUGAGAAAAAUAUUAAUAAGAUUAAAAGCAUUUCUUACAUCUUGGAAAAUUUUCUAAUGUUUGAGAAUUUCACUGGGGAUUUUUUUUAUAUUGAACCCUUUUGACUUUCCAGUCUUGUGACUUUUUACUUUUAGUAAAGAGUCAGAAAAUCUUCAGACUGGAGAAUUAUGAAGUUCACUGACCAUGCACUGUGCUCAGAGAUGCACCCCAGUGCCAGUGCUUCUCAGACACAUGCUCUUCGACAGCAUUCCAGAACAGGAGGGAAGAGAAGAGAAAUCUGUUUCUUCCCUUCUACUAAAAAAUUCAGGCAGCUUAAAACCUUAGUGCUUUCUUUUUUAACAUUUCCAAAUUUCAAUACUUUCCAUUAUUUGAACACUUGGAUAGAACACUUGCUUUGUAUUAAACCUCCUUGUCUAUGUGUAAAACUGACCUUUUGUUAUUGAGCAAAUAUCUCUUUCAGAUAGUUUGAUGAUUCACACAGGUUUGAGGAUGCUGAGAGAAGGGUAGGGGACUGUGGUGGUUAUAAGAAAGCUAUACCAUUUAAAGGUGACACCAGAGACCUAAUAGGGACUUAUUAACUGUAUUGAAAAUUUCUUCUUUUGCUUUUGACCCUAUGUAUAGUUAUGAUGCCAGAUUAGAUUUAUAGCAGCUUCAAGUUGUAUUAAAUGAUAUUUUGCUUUCUGUAAU